AUGUCAGAACCACUUCGUCCAAUUUCUUUAGAAACUCCUGAUCAACACAAUAAACACAUCAUUAAGCCACCUACAUUCACUUCAAAAGAUAUCAAAGAGUACAUAAAAACAAGUUUUACAUCAUUAUGGAUUGGCAAAAAGGAAUUGAGUAAAUAUCCGUGGUAUGAAAUUUGUAAUCCGUUCCAUCCAUUAAUUGGUCUUACUGCACAUCAAUGGUUUUGCUCAAGAUUUACAAGUUUCCACAAAAGAUGUUACAUGGGGGAUCACAUUAGUGUUGAUGUUUAGAACUGUUGGAGCUGCCAUUUUUGGAGCUAUUGGAGAUAAUUUUAAAAGAAAAUGGCCAUAUAUUCUCAAUAUGGUCUUACUUAUGCUGAUUCAAAUAGGUACUGGAUUUGUUAAAACUUACUCACAGUUUUUUGGGGUAAGAGCAUUGUUUGGUAUUGCAAUGGGAGGAAUUUAUGGAAAUUGUUCAGCUGAAGCUUUAGGUGAUGCGCCAAGAAAAGCCAGAGGUAUACUUUCAGGGAUUUUCCAAUCUGGCUGGCCUUCUGGUUACUUGUUGGCAGUUGUUUUUCAAAGAGCAUUUGAUAUGACGGAAAGAACAUGGCAAAAUAUGUUUUUCUUUUCAGCAGGUGUACCGGUAAUCUUUAUCACUUGGAGAUUUUUCAACCCCGAAACAUUUGUUUAUCAACGUCAAAGAGCAAGCUUUCAUGAGGGGGCCAAACAAAAGGAGUCGAAAAUUGCUGAGUUUAGACAUCAAGCAUCAAAAGCUUUGAGAACGUAUUGGUUGAUUAUAAUAUAUUUGGUAUUGUUGAUGUCAGGGUUUAAUUUUUCAUCUCACGGAUCACAAGAUUUGUACCCUACAAUGUUGACAAGUGAGUAUAACUAUGGUCCCAAUAGAGCAACAGUGGUUAACGUUUGCGCCAACUUGGGUGGAAUAUUCGGUGGAAUAAUCAUAUCCCAUCUUUCAACAUAUUUUGGAAGACGUACACUCAUCAUUUGUGGCAAUACAUUUGGAGGUGCAUUCCUUUAUCUAUGGGCAUUUAAACCUACUUGGAUAACUGCUUUCCUUAUGCAAUUUGGUACUCAAGGUGCAUGGUCAGUAGUUCCCAUCCAUUUGAAUGAGUUGGCACCUCCUCAAUUUAGAUCAUUUGUUGUUGGCGUCUUUUAUCAAUUGGGUAAUUUGAUUAGUUCAGCUAGUGCUACUAUUGAAGCUACAAUGAACGAAACCUUGAAUAAUUUGGGUAAAAAUAUGGCUAUAUUUGAAGGAGCUGUUUUAUGUUAUUUGAUCCCAAUCGUAUUUAUAGGUCCUGAACACAAAGGUGCAGAAUUAGGAGUUGAAAGAGAUGAUAGAAUGAGUAUUCAUGAUAAUGAUGAUGAUGACAAUGUUAAUGAAAACUAUGGAGAAGAGGAUAAGAAGGAUGUAAAUUUUGAGAAAGUGACAGAGACAGUUGAAGUUGCAAAAAAAGAAAAGGUUUAA